CCUGCCCGCUGCCGGCUCCAGGAAGGGUCCAGAUUUGCAGAAGGGUUUCUAGAAGAAGAUGCGUUGGCUGCCUGCGGUCCUGCUUGCAUUCCUGGAAGCCAGGCUCGGGGCGAAAGUGAACUGGGGCAAUUGACAAGCUCAGAGGGUCUGGCGGAAGCUCCCGAGAGCGGGCAUUUCGUCUUCCUUGGAGGUAGGAAGAUCUGCCUGCACUGCAAGUGCCCUCAGGAGGAGCACAUGGUGACGGUGAUGCCCCUGGAGAUGGAGAAGACCGUCAGCAAACUCAUGUUUGACUUCCAGAGGAACUCGACCUCGGACGACGACUCGGGCUGCGCCUUGGAGGAGUACGCCUGGGUCCCGCCUGGGCUGAAGCCUGAACAGGUUCACCAGUACUACAGCUGUCUCCCAGAAGAGAAGGUUCCUUAUGUCAACAGUCCCGGGGAGAAGCUGAGGAUCAAGCAGCUAUUACACCAGCUGCCGCCGCAUGACAAUGAGGUCCGAUACUGCAACUCCCUGGAUGAGGAAGAGAAGCGGGAGCUGAAGCUCUUCAGCAACCAGAGGAAGCGCGAGAACUUGGGCCGAGGGAAUGUCAGGCCCUUCCCAGUCACCAUGACGGGAGCCAUUUGCGAACAGUGCGGAGGCCAGAUUAACGGCGGGGACAUCGCCGUGUUCGCGUCCCGCGCCGGCCACGGGGUUUGCUGGCACCCGCCCUGCUUCAUAUGCACCGUCUGCAACGAGCUCCUGGUGGACUUGAUCUACUUCUACCAGGAUGGCAAGAUCUACUGCGGCCGGCACCACGCCGAGUGCCUGAAGCCGCGCUGUGCAGCCUGUGACGAGAUCAUCUUCGCUGACGAAUGCACCGAAGCCGAGGGGCGGCACUGGCACAUGAAACACUUUUGCUGCUUCGAGUGCGAGACGGUGCUGGGCGGCCAGCGCUACAUCAUGAAGGAGGGAAGGCCCUACUGUUGCCACUGCUUUGAGUCCUUGUAUGCGGAAUACUGCGACACCUGUGCCCAACACAUAGGGAUCGACCAGGGCCAGAUGACCUACGACGGCCAGCACUGGCACGCCACCGAGACCUGCUUCUGCUGCGCUCACUGCAAGAAGUCCCUCCUCGGGCGGCCCUUCCUCCCCAAGCAGGGCCAGAUAUUCUGCUCCCGGGCCUGCAGCGCCGGGGAGGACCCCAAUGGCUCGGACUCGUCCGAUUCAGCCUUCCAGAAUGCCAGGGCCAAGGAGUCCCGGCGCAGCGCCAAAAUCGGCAAGAACAAGGGCAAGACGGAGGAGCCCGUGCUGAGCCCGCACGGCCAGCUGCAGGUGAGCUCCAACCGGCUGUCCGCCGACGUGGACCCCCUGUCGCUGCAGAUGGACCUGCUCAGCCUGGCCAGCCAGACACCCAGCCUCAACCGGGACCCCAUCUGGAGGAGCCGGGACGAGCCCUUCCAUUACGGGAACAAGCUGGAGCAGAGCCAGCCGCAGAGCCCCCUGCAGCUGCUCAGCCAGUGCAACAUCAGAACUUCCUACAGCCCCGGGGCGCAGGGGGCGGGCGCGGCGCCCGACAUGUGGGCCCCGCACUUCAGCAACCCCAAGAGGAGCUCGUCCCUGGCCCUGAAGGGGCACGGCGGCAGCUUCAUCCAGGAGUGCCGAGAGGACUACUACCCGGGAAGGCUGCGGUCCCAGGAGAGCUACAGCGACAUGUCCAGUCAGAGCUUCAGCGAGGCCCGAGGCAGCAUCCAGGUCCCCAAAUAUGAGGAGGAGGAGGAGGAGGAAGGGGGCAUGUCCGCUCAGCAGUGCCGGACCCGCCGUCCACUCAGUUCCCUGAAAUACACCGAGGACAUGACGCCCACGGAGCAGACCCCUCGGGGCUCCAUGGAAUCGCUAGCCCUGUCUAACACCACAGGCCUCUCCGCGGACGGCGGCGCCAAGCGCCAGGAGCACCUGUCGCGGUUCUCCAUGCCCGACCUCAGCAAGGACUCGGGCAUGAACGUGUCGGAGAAGCUGAGCACCAUGGGCACCCUCAACUCGUCCGUGCAGUUCCGCAGCGCCGAGUCGGUGCGCAGCCUGCUGUCGGCGCAGCAGUACCAGGACAUGGAGGACUACGACCAGUUCCUGCGCCAGCGCAGCUUCCAGGAGAGCCUGGGCCCGGGCUCCCGCCGGGACCUGUACGGCCAGUGCCCCCGGACUGUGUCGGACCUGGCCUUGCAGAACGCCUUUGGGGAGCGCUGGGGACCCUACUUCGCCGAGUACGACUGGUGCUCCACCUGCUCCUCCUCCUCCGAGUCUGACAAUGAGGGCUACUUCCUGGGGGAGCCCAUCCCCCAGCCCGCCCGCCUGCGCUACGUCACGAGCGACGAGCUUCUGCACAAGUACAGCUCCUACGGCCUCCCCAAGUCGUCCACGCUGGGCGGCCGGGGACAGCUGCACAGCAGGAAAAGACAGAAGAGCAAGAACUGUAUCAUUUCUUAACCCGGUCGGGGUCAGGGGGUCGGGGAAGAUGGGAGCUGAGAAUGUAAAUUCAGAAACUUGCACUGUUUUUUCUUUGAAAGCGCUUUUGGGGGUGGUUCCUGGGGGAGGAGACGGGGCGGGGCGUGCUCUCCGUGGAGGAAGGCGAGGUUACAGGUUGACUCGGCUGGUAGCCCCAGUUCUCGGCAUGUUGACUAUGAUUUGCACAUUUCACUUUGGAAACGCUCUAGACGGCGUGGCGGCCGGGGUUGGUCACCUCGGUGUGUGCAGUUGCCACUCAUCAGAUGGCAAAUUGCUUCCUUGCUCGCUUGUAUCCUCUCUGGUUCUCUUCCUUUUAGGACCCCUUUUCCAGUAAGUAAUUUGUUUAUUAGCCAGGACCCAAGACUAAGUUAUUUACAUGUCCAUUGUAAAUGCAAUGUAAAUGAGAGUUCUGAUAAAAUAUUUUUGUAUUUUGUAAUAUCAAAGGAAUUUCUAUAUGGUAGGACUCAGCGCAACCUGCAUGCCAUCCGCAUCGUCUUUGUGUAGUAUUCCGAGUGGCCAGGACCACCCCCUUUUUCUUUUUCUAUACAAAUUUGUUACAUGUCAGUGAGACUUUUUUCAAAGGCGUUUAUUCAAUUUGGCUUUUUGUGGCGAAAAAAUAACAAUGAUUCGAUCCAAAGCAUUUUACGCUCUAGUCCAUCUUAAGGAGCCGUCCUUAAGUCCACUCCCACCCUCAGUAGGAGGUAUUCUCUACGAAGUGGUAGUCGUUUAUUUAAUAGCAAACAUAACCUUUGCCCAUCAGAGAAACCAAUCAGUGUCAGUCAAGUUCCGCGAGAAGCGCCAUCCCUGCUGGGAAGCUUGAAGCUGCUCACGAUUGAUCUCUUUCUUGGGGAAAACACAGUGACUGUGAGUGGUGCCGUUGUGUGACGUCAGCAUGAUGUUGUUUUGAAUGUGGCAUUAUUUUCCGGUGCUCAUGUUUCCUGGAUUGUAUUACCCGCUUUCCUUUGCCAAGGCAGAUGGAACAGCUGCCUUAGCCUGACAACCGGUUGUCCUCGGUGCAAAUGAACUUGGGCCUUAGGAUUUAGGGGCAGACGGGUUCCCACGGGGCUCUGGGAGAGGCGGUGUGUCCUAGAUUGUACGUCAUGCGUGGAGAAGGAAUGAGGCGAUUUGAAAACAGAAAGCGGGGCAAGGGUGGUAGAACUGACGGAGAAUAGGAAGCAAGGCCAAGGCGAAGAAGAACUUCUGGAAAUGAAGUAGAGGAGCGGUGACGGCCGGCUUGACGAGCCCCCAGUGCUUGAGGAAGUAAUUCCGUUUAACGCCCUCCCUAUCCAGAGUCUCUGGGUCACCCAGGAAGGUUGAGCUGCUCAGGAGGCGUCAGUGUAAAGGCCUUGAAAAGCAGAUGUUGUUGAAAGGAUUUCCAUUGUGAACUUAGGGGACCCUUGGUCAGCCUGAAAAUGGGCUCAGAAGUGAAUUUGCUUCAAGAAGACAUUUAACGGUUGUAUUGUUUAUAGUAAAAUAAAACUCUCUACCUUGCUUCAGUUAAAAAUGAAGCGCUUGCUUUUCCCCCCAUUCUCCUCCUCCCCUUAAUGGAUUGUGGCGGUUGAACGAACCCGUCGCAGGACCCACCUUUAGUGAGACGUUCUGUCCAUGUGCUACACGGUAUAUCUCAGUGGCCCUCUGCCAUGGUGAGGUGAGCGUGGUCUCUUUUCAAUACAGUAGUUAAUAUUUUCUAGUAUUUUUCAUGGAGAGAAUGUGAAACGCGGCUUUUCAGACCCCAUGCCAAAUGGGCCUGGGGAGAGGAAGGCUGUAUGGGAUGUCGAAAUGGCGCUCCAUUCAGGAUGUAUUAAAAUAAUUUGCUUUUCAGGUAUUAAUAUGACAUUUGUCAUUGUCACUGAUUUUUUUUAAAAAGCAAUACAAGUGUUGGUUGUGGCUGUUUUCCGCAUGCUAUCUUCAUAUCUAAAUGCUUCCUUAAGUAUCCGAGCCUCGGAGAAUUACUCUAUUACGUUUGUAUAGUAAGUCUGUAAACUGCUUGGCAAACUGAUUUUAAGAAAUAAUGUGCAACAUCACAUGACUAAAGUGGCAGGUUUCUGGUAGAAAUUGGGCAAGUCCAGUUGGGAUUUUCAAGUUCCUUGAUUGAUGAGAAUAAAAAGGCGUUUUGGAAAAAGGGAAAAAGGAGAUGACUUAACCUAGCAGAAAGCUGGACACAAAGUCUGUCCUCUGUGGCCCGGGACCCAGGGAAGGAAAUUCUCCUGGUAAACGUUGCCUUCUACCUCCGUCCUCCUCAGAGCACCUCUUGCAUUUCCCACAUGAGGCUUUACCCCAUCAGCAGAAAGAAGAAGGUGGCCUAGAAACUGACACAUAACUAGUGUCCAAAGGAAUUGAGGAAUGAGCAAUUUGCCAUCUAGUUGCCCAGAGAGCACCCGGCAGCAGAACUGGUCAGAGCUUGAUGUGUAAUAGAUAGAAGCCUCAGGGUCAGACUGUCUGCAGGCGAGGUCCCCUCUGUCGGUUCCAGCUGGCAGAGGUCUUCCCACACACAUGCAGCGGGCGCCUUACAGCGAAUGCUGAGGAGGAUGGCUACAUCCCCGCCAUGAUGGUGAAGGCCCAGAGAGAGCAGGGUGUUGUACUGGGAGUUCCACCAGUUGUUGACAACUUACAUGCAACAUCCCAGAAUCCCACUCCCCAAAAUUCUUCUUUUCUGAGGCAAGAGCUUAGGGUCCUUAGCUGAUUCCUCCAUCAUAACUCCUAUCUCUUCUUGGUCAAGUUUCCCUUUGAGUGAGGCCUACACUCACCUCUUUCUAGAUCAUCUUUUCAUCUUCAAUAGACUGUUUCUAUCCAAGUAAUCUUUUCCCAGUUUCCCCUCUGCUCUCAUGCCUUAGGGUUUUGUUUGUUUGUUUUCCUACCUCUCCCCAUAUAGUCCUCUUCCUAUCUUUAGGUUAACACGGCAGCAUUAGGGUACAGUUCAUGUCCUGCUUGCUGCUCAAUUCAGCGGCAUCAGAACUGGCUCCCUCCCAAGAAGUGGAAGUCAUUGACAGGGUCCUGAAUUGCCCUGCCAAUGCACCACCCGUGAUACUGUGGACAGGCUUCUUAGCAGACUGGUGGCAUUGAGUGUGGCAUUCAGGUACCCCUUCUUCUGGCAUAUAGUUCUGGGAUCUCUACCAAGUGUGAAGGUGGUGAGCUGAGGGAAACCAGAACUGUGCUUCUUGGUUUGGCACAUGUUCACAAAUGGAGAAUCCCCAGUGCUGUUAGUUCCACAGCUUCUCUCCGUAUUCAUCUUGUGUUCUCCAGUCCUCCCUUUCCACCCGCAGUCAGCUCAGUGGCCGAGCAGUUUUGUACAUCGACUGCGGGACCUGAGGCUGCUCUUUCUCAUUCUCCUUUCGGUAGGAUGCUCCUGCCCUGCAUCAAGAUUCCUCUUCCUUCUCCUGCAGCAGCUUCCUGCUUCUGGGGUCCCACUAGCCAUGGUGGAGUUCAGGUGGGACAGUGAUGGCAUAUACGUCACAUAUACUCUGCCACCUGGGCAGGUAUAACCAAUACGCACUGUGUACUUUUUAGAGAACAUGGAUACAGCCUCAAAAAUCCAUGACACUCCAGACAGCCAGAACCAGUUGGUCAGAAUUGAUCUUAUUUGUCUGAUAACAAAACUUAUUUAUGAACUGACUUCUGUCUUUCUACUCUGGGCUUCUUUAUCAUUAGGCAAAAACAGCCACUUAGGAGGCAUCAUUCAUAAAUAAUUGUGAAAGUCCAAUUCCCAUGCCCUCAGAUUGUGGAUGCUAACAGCAGCUGACUUCUUUAGGCGAAAUGAAGACAAAUCUCUUUGGCUUUCUUUUCCCUUCUCGUGUUCUUGGACAAGCAUUAUAGUCAGCCCCUGUUGGUCCUACUGCAGAGGUCAGAUAAGAGUUCAUCCUUGUCUUCAUCUAACCCACCUUCUAACAAGAGAUAACACAAAUAUUUAAAUUCCAAGGAGAAGUGCUCUUUGUGUGUUUCUAACAGAAACCAGAUGCUAACACCUAAGAAGGAGAAUCUAUAAAAAGGGAAGUAGGAGAUGGAACCAGCUAUCUGAAUAUUUCAUGCCAGAAGAGUUGCUGUUAGCAACUGUUUAGCACCUUCAGGGCUUUGACGUGGGCUCUGGACAGCAGGUCUUCCCACCCACAUGCAGCCUGGCGCCUUACAGAAGCAUAGCAUUCCAGGUGUGGCUCAGCCAGGCCUCGUCUGCCGAUUUGGAAGGCAGUCCCAUGCCCCCUUUGGAGGUAUAUAUAUACCUCUCUAAGCACUAGAGAAGUAGAAAUGAAGGGAGUUUUGCCUUGUCCCCAGUGGUUGGUCCCUCUGGGACCUGGCAGAUAUGAACACUUGAUUGUCCCACCACUUGGAAGCAGUCACCAUGGUCAGGAUCAAGAAAGGAUUUGAUUCUUUUUCCAUUUUCUCAUAAGAGUAGCCCAGACAACACAAGACUCAUAAAACAUGACUCACUGUUGGGAGCUAUACUGUUUUAUAGGCUGACUUCCUGCUGACAAAACUAGCUUUCCUCGAGGGGAAUACAAAGGAGGGAGAAGCUCCCAUAGUGUCGGGAAAACAUUUCUGUGAUUCUGAUAUGAUGAACCCAUAAGAAAGGGAAAAAAAUUGCCUAUCCUGAGAGUUUUCUGAGAUAUCCCUUCACCUUACUGGGUAUUUGGCCAUUGAUGUUCAGUAGGUCACUGACCAAGCUUUAAUAAAUUUUUCGGACAGAGUUACUCACCAGUAAGGUCUGUUCUCAAGCCUUUCUGAUGAUUUCCAUAUUUUCCCAUAAAGCAUUUUGGUUCUAUUUAUGGACCCUGACUUAACACUCUGUGGCCUACAAGUCCUCCAUUUUCCUUAGCAAAUUAGGACUUGGGCAUUUUCCCUCUCCUAAACACAUUCUUUCCCGCACAGGAUCGCUUUGCCCAUCUCCUGCUUUAAUUCCAAGUAUAGACGAAGCCUCGGAGGGCCUGAGGAGGCGAGGCGGGCCAGUGUGCUGUGUGUGGGCGUCGCGCUGUUUGUUAAGAAGGCCUGCAGCGGGCCUUUGGUGCAGGCUCUGCCAGAGACUGUGGUGAACACUUUGCUUGAGAUCCUGUACAAUGGAUAUGCUGUUUUACUGAUGUCUGUAAUACAUUUGUAAACUUCCAAUAAAAUUUGAAUAAAAGAAAUGUUGCCAUUUC